AUGCAAAAGGCUGCCCAGCAGUCGUGGGAGCUUGAAAACGCCAUCAGCCUCAUAGACCCCCAGCGCGACGCCCUCUAUCAAUACGAUGAAGAAACACACAAAGCCCUCAGCGCCGAGCGCCCCUGGGCCAAAGACCCCCACUACUUCAAAUCGAUACGGAUCUCCGCCGUCGCCCUCCUAAAGAUGGUCAUGCACGCCCGCUCCGGCGGGUCUCUCGAAGUCAUGGGCCUAAUGCAAGGCUACAUCCUCCCCGAGACGUUUGUAGUAACCGACGCCCUCCGCCUCCCCGUCGAGGGCACAGAAACGCGAGUAAACGCCCAGGACGAAGCCAACGAGUACAUGGUGUCGUACCUCCAGGCAUGUCGGGAUGCGGGACGGAUGGAAAACGCAGUGGGCUGGUAUCACAGUCACCCCGGGUACGGGUGCUGGCUAUCAGGGAUCGAUGUCACGACGCAGGAUAUGCAGCAGCUCGGCGGGCCGUUUGUUGCCGUAGUUAUUGAUCCGGAGCGCACGAUUUCGGCGGGUAAGGUUGAUAUCGGGGCGUUUAGGACGUUUCCUAAGGAUUUUACGCCCCCUAAGGAGGAGCAGGAGGAUGAUGAGUAUCAGACUGUGCCGCUCAAUAAAGCAGAGGACUUUGGGGCGCAUGCUUCUCAUUACUAUUCACUUGAGGUGUCGCUGUUUAAGAGUAUGCUUGAUUCUGAGCUUUUGUCGCUGCUGUGGAAUAAAUAUUGGGUGGCUACUCUCAGUCAGAGCCCUCUAUUUACGACUCGUGACUAUGGUAGCAAGCAGAUGAUGGAUCUUAGUCAGAAGGUCAAACGGGCUGCUCGCGGCAUUGAGGGCAAUAUGUCACGGGGCGGGCCAAAUGUUACCAAAGAUCAACAGUUGGAGAAAGUCGUACGAAAUGGGCAGCGGAUUGUAUCGGAGGAAGUGAAAGGCCUCCUGGCAGCUGAAGUCAAGAUGAAGCUUUUCCAAGGCAUCGGGGAGAAUAGAAGAUCAGAGACAUGA